AUGUCGUAUACAAAGCAAACAAACGGGCCUGAAGGGACCAGAUACAACAAAACCAAAUCUGGUUGGUUCGAUUCGUAUACUUUUGAAGAUUGGUUUAAUACCAUAAUCAUCCCAUGGGCAGUGAAAACCACUGAUCCUAAAGUUUUAAUUGGAGACAAUUUAUCGUCACAUAUGAAUAUAAAUAUAAUAACUAAGUGUGAAGAACAUAAUAUCAGAUUUAUCUUUUUGCCACCUAACUCCACUCACCACACUCAACCUCUUGAUGUGGCCUUUUUCGGCCCAUUAAAGCGAGAAUGA